AUGGAUUUGAUUUAUCACCUGUCCAUUCUCGUUGCUUGUUUUGAAGUGCCUCAUGUUAACGGGCCUAUGAGUAUGGUGUCGGGACAAAUCGAGGUGGAGUUUGCGAGAUGCGAUUACUGCGGGCUUACUGAGGAGUGCACCCUAACAUACACAGAAACAAUCCGAGAAUGUCUGGGGGGUGUAUCGGAAGGGAAGUGGGUCUGUGGAUGGGUCGGAGCCCCUGGCAGCGGCGAUGAAGCUCGUUGCGGCGGCAGCUGCGAUGAAGCUCGUAGCGGCGGUCAGUGCGAGGAACUGCAUCUUCUCAUCGGACUCCUUCACUGA